CUGGUUUGGAGGACCAGGCUGGCCCUGUGCUUCUAGAAGAACCUAGUCAUUUAGUAGAUAGUAACUUAGGAACCCAACCUCUGAGUUCACCUUCAAGAUCUUCACCUCACUCACAAGGCUCAGAAGGAGGAGAAAGGUUUUCGAGGAAAGUAUUCGUAGGAGGGCUUCCGCCUGAUAUAGAUGAGGAUGAGAUAACAGUCAGCUUCAGAAGAUUUGGCCCUUUAGUCGUUGAUUGGCCACAUAAGGCAGAAAGCAAGUCGUAUUUCCCACCAAAAGGCUAUGCCUUUCUACUAUUCCAGGAUGAAAAUUCUGUACAAAGUUUGAUAGACGCUUGCAUAACGGAUGAAGACAAAUUAUAUUUAUGCGUAUCUUCGCCAACAAUAAAAGAUAAACCAGUACAAAUUCGACCGUGGAGACUCUCUGAUGCAGACUUUGUCUUGGACGCGUCCAUGCCUUUGGAUCCCAGGAAAACUGUUUUCGUUGGAGGAGUACCACGACCAUUGAAAGCUGUGGAGCUAGCUAUGAUCAUGGAUAGGCUCUAUGGUGGUGUGUGCUACGCUGGGAUCGAUACAGACCCGGAGUUGAAAUAUCCGAAAGGAGCUGGUAGAGUAGCUUUCAGCAACCAACAAAGCUACAUUGCGGCCAUCAGCGCUAGAUUUGUCCAGUUGCAGCAUGGAGACAUAGAUAAAAGGGUGGAAGUCAAGCCGUAUGUACUGGAUGACCAAAUGUGCGACGAGUGCCAGGGGCAAAGGUGCGGAGGAAAAUUUGCACCCUUUUUCUGCGCCAAUGUUACGUGUUUACAAUACUAUUGUGAGCACUGUUGGGCUACCAUUCACUCAAGACCUGGACGGGAGUUUCAUAAGCCGCUGGUAAAAGAAGGUGCUGAUAGACCCAGGGCUGUGCCAUUUCGUUGGUGUUAACGCAGGUUCGCUUAGUACUGCGGCCAAGGGUUGCCCCACUCCUUAGCUUAUUACCAUACCACUAGUGGAGGCAACCCGUCUGUUUAUUGCUUAGGCCAAAAUUUUUAUAUAGUAGCAAUUAUACAAAUUUGAAAAGUAUAUUUGAGAUCAUGAAUCCAGUCCAACUACAUACUUUUCAACAGAAAUUGUUAUGUAGAUAAGGCCAAUCGACAGAAUUACGUACAAACAGAACUCCAGUAUCAUGAAAUGAAUUUUCUCUUCUCUGACACGUCUUUUCAUGUGCUAAACUAAUAAUCUAUCAGUAGUUUUUGGGGAAUGUAUCGCAAAUAUAAUAUUGCUACACUUCGAAUCCCUACAACAAAUUUCAAGAAUGUUUGCAAUUGUUCACUUAAUGUUGAGAAUCUGGAAUAACCAGUUGAUCUAAUUGUGUAAUUCAGCGUUUUUGAAACAAUGAACAAAUCAACAAAUUUGUUCAUUUAUGGAUACCAUAAAUCUUUCCCACGGAUUUGUUAUUGACUACUCAUGAACUGACUUGAGUUUAGAAGAGAAAAUUCAUCAAAAUAUAUCACCUGAAGAUCAGAAUACUUCAAAAAUGAAUUUAUUGUUAAAAAGCUGAAAUAAU